AUGUCUACGCCCACGCCCUCUGGGGCCCCCAAACCACCGCCGCUGGUUAUGAUACCGGUUUACCCUUUGCCGGACACGAUUUGCGUCCCGCCCCCGCCCUCUACGACGGCGCAGUCGGCCAAAAGAGCCCGAACUGCGGACGAGGAAGUCCGUCGCGCCCACACCACCGCCACUGCCACCACCACUGGACAUAUCUCGUCCUUCACAAAGACUGUCAUCUCCGAUGCUCUCGCGAAAGCUGAAGUCUACCGCACGUUCGCCGCUUUCCUUGACUCUGAACUCGCCCGCGUCUCCGUCGUCUCUCCAGCCCACGCCCGGGAGGCCGACCACCUCGCACGGGCCAUCACCGCUGCCUUGCGGAAAACUUCUGCAUCCUCACCACCAACCCUAGACACACCACGAACCCUAGACACGCCACGAACCCUGGACACACCCUCGCCCGUCCCAGCCGGCAAGGGAAAAAGACUUACGUUUGCGGAAAUAGCCGCCAAAGACUCAAACUCCGCAUCUGCCUCCCGCUCUACUUCUUGCUCUGCUCGCAAGGCUACUCCACCUUCUACAUCGCCCCAGAGCGACGGUCGUGUCUUCCUACGACUUGAUAAAUACUCCCCCUUUGCUGACACGGAUGCCUUUGUUAUUCGCAAAGAAGUGCAGACGCUCCUCCGCCUCGCCCUCACCGAUAUCCCCGGAUGCCACAAGGUUCCUACCGGAUUCGCCCUUGUGCCCAAGAACGACGCAGUCCGUCAAGCCCUCCUCGCCCGAAAGGAUGAGAUUGGAGCCCGUUUUGGCUGUGUCCAGGUCGAAGUGCCCAAGAAAUGG